GGGUUGAAUUACGGUUGACGUUGGUAACUGGCCCGCUUGUUCAGUUUAGCCAUUUUAGUUUCCUUUCGCAUAGUGUUCCAAGGUGGAGUAGGAACUUCACCGCUAGAGAUGCAGAUCUUCGUGAAGACUCUGACGGGCAAGACCAUCACUCUUGAGGUCGAGCCAUCAGAUACUAUCGAAAAUGUUAAAGCCAAAAUCCAGGAUAAAGAGGGCAUCCCUCCCGACCAGCAGCGGCUGAUCUUCGCCGGCAAGCAGCUGGAAGAUGGACGCACUUUGUCGGACUACAACAUCCAGAAGGAGUCCACUUUGCAUUUGGUGUUGAGGUUGAGGGGAGGCGCUAAGAAGCGCAAGAAGAAGAACUACUCAACUCCCAAGAAAAUCAAGCACAAGAAGAAGAAGGUCAAGCUGCCGAUUUUGAAGUUUUAUAAGGUGGACGAAAAUGGGAAAAUCCACAGGUUGAGGAGAGAAUGUCCCGCUGAUCACUGUGGUGCUGGUGUUUUCAUGGCAGCAAUGGAAGACCGUCACUACUGUGGAAAGUGUGGAUACACGCUAGUCUUCUCCAAGCAAGAAUAAGCGUGUAUGUUCUAAAUAUAAUUAUUUAGAGAA